AUGAGCUUCGUUCCCUUGAACCCGCGGCCUAUGCUGCAAUCACUAGUUAGUGAUGAAGUCCGCAUUCGUCUGAAGUGGGGCCAGGAAUACACCGGUCUGCUGGUGUCGGUGGAUUCAUACAUGAACAUUCAACUUUCCAACGCCGAGGAAUGGAUCGAUGGAAAGUCGGGCGGUAGUCUGGGUCAGGUCCUUAUCAGGUGCAACAACGUCCUCUGGAUCUCGGCGAACAACAAGACGAAGAAGGAGGACGUGGAGAUGAGCUGA